CAUAAUACCUAGCAAACCUCUGCAGCAAGCAGCUAGCUAUAGCUAAGCUCUGAGCGAUCCAUGGCCAUGAAGUGCCUCUUCCUCUUCUUCGCCUUCCUCGUCGCCUUCUUCCCCGGCGCCGCCGUCGGCGCCGGGCUGAAGGUCGGGUUCUACAACAAGACGUGCCCGUCGGCGGAGCGCCUGGUGCAGCAGGCGGUGGCCGCCGCGUUCAAGAACAACAGCGGCGUCGCCCCCGGCCUCAUCCGCCUGCACUUCCAUGACUGCUUUGUCAGAGGCUGCGACGCCUCGGUUUUGAUCGACGGGAACGACACCGAGAAGACCGCGCCACCAAACAACCCCAGCCUCCGCGGAUUCGAGGUGAUCGACGCCGCCAAGGCCGCCGUCGAGGCGGCGUGCCCGCGUGUCGUCUCCUGCGCCGACAUCCUCGCCUUCGCCGCCCGCGACAGCGUCGCCCUCACCGGCAACGUCACUUACAAGGUCCCCGCCGGCCGCCGCGACGGCAACGUCUCCAUCGCCCAGGACGCGCUCGACAACCUGCCCCCUCCCACCUUCAACGCCACGGAGCUCGUCGGCCGCUUCGCCAACAAGUCGCUCACCGCGGAGGACAUGGUGGUGCUCUCCGGCGCCCACACCAUCGGCGUCUCCCACUGCGACUCCUUCACCAGCCGCCUCUACAACUUCACCGGCGUCGGCGACGCCGACCCGGCGAUCAGCGCCGCCUACGCGUUCCUCCUCCGCGCCGUGUGCCCCUCCAACAGCAGCCAGUUCUUCCCCAACACCACGGUGGACAUGGACGUGAUCACCCCGGCGGCGCUCGACAACAAGUACUACGUCGGGGUCGCCAACAACCUGGGCCUCUUCACGUCGGACCACGCGCUGCUCACCAACGCCACGCUCAGGGCGUCGGUGGACGAGUUCGUCAAGAGCGAGACGCGGUGGAAGAGCAAGUUCGUGAAGGCCAUGGUGAAGAUGGGCGGCAUCGAGGUGAAGACCGGGACGACGCAGGGCGAGGUCAGGCUCAACUGCAGGGUCGUCAACAAGAGGAGCGCCAACGCUGAGCUCGAGCUCGAGCUCGCCGCCGCCAUGGAUGAUGGGGAUGAAGUGGCAGCGAGCUAAUUAAUUAAGGUGGUAGUAGCUGAUCUGAUGUCGCGUGUUCUUCAGAGGUUUCAGCAAUAAGUUUGUGAUCGGUGUUGUUACUUGUUAGAUGUAUGCUGCUGCUGUUUUUAACGAGAAUAAGAGUUGCUGGAGAAGAAGUUUUUUUCUUCUUGUUGUUUUUUAAUUUGUUUUCUGUUUUGGCUUGUGUUUGGGUGAGUGCUUUGGUGUGAACCUGUCAUGAAAUCAAGGAAGAAAUUUGGCGAAAUGUUGCCGAAA